GGUAAAUAAUCUGAUGUCUUUCACUGGAAAUCUAUGCGCCUCUGCGUUCACACCAACAAUUUCAUUCAAAUUGUUCCUGAAAGGCUUGCUAAGGAUCCAAUGCGAGUACUUGAUAACCAACAACAACAACUGACAACAGGCUCCACGACAAUGCUGGAAACAUAUCGUGAAGCAUAGGCAGCAUAGUUGUCAGCAGUAUGGAAAAAGAUAAUAGUAUUUGACCAGCAAAUCGACGAAUCGACGGAAAUUCGUGUUUACAAAAGCAGUAAUGUAGGAAACAUUUACAAUUGAACGAUUUGUCUUAUUCAAAUCACCCUAAUCCACGAACAAAAACUCUAAAAACUUCAACGUUGCUGUUCAAACGCAUAACGAGCUUUUCUAUAUGGAAGAAUUCAACGACUAUGCUGCCCCUGGAUUCUGCGCACACGGCAGUUUUGUUAUUUUCCAUGGUAAACCACCGCAGAUUCUCCAUCUGGCUCCGCCAAGAACCUAAUGAUAGAUUUCCCGGAUUUACUCAGUGGUAUACAACGGCGAUCUAAAUUAAUCCUUACGGUAAGAUAGUGAUACUUUUGCUAUGGAUCUUAGGAGCUAGCUAUUUUGAGCAAGCUCUGCGCCAACACAGCUUGCUUGCAACUGAAGCCUCAAUCAUCGCUGCCGUUCUCGUCUCACAAGAUAAGAAAACCUCUUCUCAAGCUUGGAGGUGUCCCUCAUGAGCCAUGCCAUCGUGGAUAAGAACCAAGUUGUUGUAUUCGUAAUGAAGAAGUUUCUAGAAAUUUCACCAAUCCUGCUGCAGUGGCAGUCAGGUCCAUGCGCAUCAGCAAGACUACGUUUCAAAAGAGUCGUGCACUACUGUGAAGCUGCAACUGCACUGCUGUGAAGCUGCACCCUAGUUCCCACUCACAGCCCAGGCUAGGCUGUGAGUUUACGGCUUUUGUCCAUCGUUGUUGGCCCUCCGUCCGUACACCCGCCCGCCCGUCCGCCCGCCAUCUUGCUUGUUCACGCUACGUCUGUGUGUCUAUCGUGGCGCUCUGCUGCCGCUGCAGCCGCUAUUACCGCUGCUACUGCGCCUCCUGCGGCUUGUUCAUAUACACAAUAGUUGACUAUUUGCCGCGGUGCGUCGCUGUUGGUCAGCAAUUACUGUGUUGAAUGAAAAUCGUAUGCUUUAUGUAUCGUUGUGAUGUACUUCCUGAAAGACAGGAGACGCUAUAGCAUUCUGUCCUUCUAGGAAAACAGCUACGAAUGCAUUGCACUGAUUGUGCUGCCACUAAAAAAACACCGAACGAAACAUAACACAAAGGAAAUGCAAGCGAUUAUUAUGACAGCAAGAUUUUUCUAGCACUGUUGAUUUCGCGUUGUUUUUCGAGGAUCCAUACCGCCACUACGAUGAUUAAGUGUUGACGUAAUAAACACAAAAAGCAAAACCUCUAGGUAGAACUACUAUGUGACAGGCAGGCCCUGAAGGAGCCAUGUUGACGUGAUCGUCUUCUGAACUGUGUGUAUGUGUGAAUCGACAAGACAUCAAAGGAAUUAUUAUACGGUGCGUUGCCUUCUUCUAGAAAUUCUUGUUCGUUUACUGCCCGGAUUAGCAAAGAUAAUACCUCGCAGCAGCCCAUACUUGUGCACCUGUUUUGUCAUGAUCCUGGCUGGCUCCAACCAAUAGUGAGCGGAUGCAACUGCAAUAUAACACCGUAGUAAACUCGAAGACUUCCUCAGCUGGACCGCAACGCAGUGCGCUGGCCUGGUUAAGCGCAAAACAAACGGUACAGCUUCAGGAAAGAGCACCGCUCUGUCUUCUUCUCUUAUUCGUUCAAAAUAGCAAAUAUCGAAAGGGCCGUAGACUGCAUGUUCUGCUUAUUUCAAGCGCACAGUCUAAGAUAGGUCUUACACGAUCUAAGAUAGCCAACAUAAUUCAAUCAAUGGAAAACUAACUCCUGGAUCCGCAUUUGUAAGAUCAACUGCAACCUCAAAACAUUUUUGCGGUGAACACUGUGACUUGGUGGAAAGCUCAUAAUCGUUUGAUUAAAUAACACAAACGCGAACCUCGCUAAAGGAUUUUCACUGAUAUCGACCAGUUUUCACUGAUAUCGGACCGAAGGGUGGAAUUUCUUUUCUGAGCACUGUAUAUCAUAUUAUGAGCAAACGCUAUAGCCAUGGCUGCCACGAUAAAUCAGGUGCUGUUGAUUGAUAACAGUUAACCUACAGGCGCUUGUUGGGAAUUUGAUUUUAGGGAAAGUGUUUUCCAAUAGCAAAACAGUCAACGGAGGGCCGAUAAUCGCAAAUGGUUGGAACAUGGUCAAGGCCCGUCGUUCGACAAAAUGAUGGGAAUCAAUCUAGAUUCGGGAGAACGUAUUAGUCAUUUUAUCAUUAGUUGAGCUUCGUCCUGACAACUAGUUCCUGUCAGCGAUCGUAUCCAAUCCCUGUCAACACCUCUGGCCCUAACACAGGCGCCGAGUAUUUUUCCGGGGAGAGCUGUGUUACUUAGUUGACACGAAGCGGGAACAAGGGCGACAACAACAACAACAACGGCACCCAGCACGGAAAAGUGCAUGAUAACGUAGGAGAGAACGAUAUAACCGUGUGCGCCUGUUGAAUCUAGAUUAAUGGAAUGCUCUAUAGUUAUUAUAGGCAUAUGAGGACAUCGUAAUUAGUGGAUCUCGUAUGAAGAGUGCGCGACCGUUUGUAAGGAGAAGGUCGUUGUCAAGCUAUUGGCAGCUACCGGAAAAGAAAUGGACGAAGAUUCGAUGCAUGAACAUCAUAGCAAGGACACUCGCUACGCAAGAUUGAGUCAGACGGCAGGAGUGGGUAGUUUAUGGGAUGGUGCUGGUGAGGGUGUAUUAGGGACAGGAGGCCUUUCGGGACAUGCCCCGGGAGGUGUUGGAGGCCCCCUCGGGGGAGUAGCAGGAUUGGGUGGUCGUGGAGGCGGCGGAACAGGUUCCGAGGGUUCUGGAGGUGCUGGUGACCUUAUGGAGACUCUCUCGGCGAAAAAAGAAAAUCACAGCGAAAUUGAACGGCGACGCCGGAAUAAAAUGACUGCAUAUAUUACCGAGUUGUCCGAUAUGGUGCCGACGUGUAGCGCGCUAGCAAGGAAACCCGACAAGCUGACCAUCCUUCGAAUGGCUGUGGCCCACAUGAAAAAUUUACAAGGAACGGGUAACACCUCGAGCGACGGCACAUACAAACCGUCGUUCCUGACAGAUCAAGAACUUAAACAUUUGAUCCUUGAGGCCGCCGACGGAUUUCUGUUUGUGGUCUCCUGCGACACGGGGCGCGUCGUCUACGUAUCGGACUCGGUAGGACCUGUGCUCGGCCACGCACAGGCCGACUGGUUUAACACGUGUUUAUAUGAUCUAGUACAUCCAGAUGACGUCGAGAAGAUUCGCGAGCAAUUAGCUACCCAAGAUAGCUCGAAUCCCGGGCGUAUCUUAGAUCUGAAAACCGGUACUGUUAAAAAGGAGGGGCAUCAGUCCUCCAUGAGACUCUGUAUGGGAUCACGGAGAGGGUUUAUCUGUCGUAUGAAGGUGGGGGACUCCCCGCUGACGAGUUCUGCUCACGAGCAGCUACGACCGCAAAGGGGACUUCGAGGAGGAGGAGGUCCUGGUGAAGCACCUGGCCCCGGAAACGUACAUUAUGCUGUCGUACAUUGCACCGGAUACAUAAAGAACUGGCCUCCAUCAGCAAAUCGAGUCACCCACGAAGAUUUAGGUGGUGGCCCUUCCCAUUGUUGCUUAGUCGCCAUCGGCCGCCUGCAGGUAACAUCAACCCCAAACAACGGCGAUCUUCUAGGUUCACAAUGCGCAAAUGAGUUUGUAUCCCGCCACGCGGUCGAUGGGAAGUUCACGUUUGUUGAUCAGCGCGUGAGUGGAGUGCUCGGUUAUCAACCGCAGGAACUGCUUGCCAAGACCUGUUUUGAUCUUUUUCAUCCUGAAGAUCAAGCACACAUGAAAGAUAGCUUUGACCAGGUGCUUAAAUUAAAGGGCCAACCGGUCUCGGUAAUGUUUCGCAUCCGCGCUAAACAAGUCGGCGGCCCCGUUCCUCCGCUUCGCCAGGUGGCUGCUGGAGAAUGGGUAUGGCUACGUAGCUCUGCCUUUGCUUUUCUGAACCCGUACACUAGCGAUGUCGAGUACAUCGUCUGCACGAAUACUGCUGCCAAAACGCUGCAUGGUCAUGAUGCGACGGACGUGGCAAACAGCAAUGCAAGCGAGCAACCCGGAGGCUAUGCGACUGUUGGAGCAGGCCUGCUAAAAAGUGAAGGAGCCCCACCCGACUAUUCGACCGGACUAGGUGGCGCAGGCACAGCGUACCCUUCAAUUAUGCGUUUACCUGUCGGCGGUGUUCCUGGUUUAACACCAACACGACCGCCUUCCGGACCAGCUUACUCUUAUGCGGGAGCUCCGGGCACCACACCAGCUGGCCCCCCCGUUGGUGUGGUGCAGCCGUCCGAAUAUAACAAUAAUAGGAAUAACAACGUGGCGGCAUCGGGAGGCCAACAGGCUAAUAACAAUAGUGCAACGCCUGGAGGCGGAGCAGCAACAGGAGCUGGUGUGGCGGGCGGUCAAAUGUCCCCUCAUCCAGGUACACCGGGUGGUUAUGGAACACAUGGGGCACUGUCGCCCAGCCAGCAAACAACGCAACAGACUACACAGCAGACGAACUCUCCUGGUGGGGCCCAGCAAACAGCUCCAGGUGGCCAGCCCACAUACACACAGCUUGCGCCGUCGACAGCGCCUUCCAGAGGAGUUUGGAGCCAAUGGCAGCAGACAACCCCUGCCUCUGCUGCGGCCGCGGGUGCCGGUGGAUCUUCGACUCCCGACUCACAUUCCCAAAGCCAUCCGCAGACCCACCAGCAAGCACCAGGGCCAGUUCCUAAUGCAGGUGGGGGUCAGCCGCAGGGACAGGAGUUGUCGGAUAUGUUGCAGAUGCUCGACCAAGGAGGGCCUGGUGCUUCGUUCGAAGAACUCUCAAUGUUUAAUACGUUUAAUGAAUAACCACAACCGUAGUUUUCAUCUGAGAGGCGUCAGGCAAACCCCGCGAGCCCAAUGUGAUCACGCUUACGGAAGCAGUAACCAAGCAUCGAGAAACAAACUGAUAUGUAGAAAGAAGAUAGACAGCACGUGUCAUGCCGUCGUUGUCAUCAUCAUACUUUAUAAACACAACAACAAUCGACUAUCAGUGGCAAUUGUAGCAGCAUAUCAAUUGGGAGUGUCGUCUACUGCUGCCUUUCAUAUGUGUCGUAGUAGAAGGCAGUUUUAGGCAAAUGAAUGAUAUGUCAAGGCAAUGUUUUACAGCCUACAAAAAUUCAAGCAAAUUGGGAUAAUCUGUACGGCAGGAAGGAAAAUUGACUAACUGUAUUAGUUGCUUCCAUAGAACAUAGGUAUUGUCCUAUUCGUGGUGGCUAGUACACAGGCAUGCGUCUUUCUGUCUCACCAUUCAUGUUAGAUCUAGUGUUAGCUAGUAACUCUUUGAGUAGUGCUAAGGUCGCACACUGAAACUAGUUGGCUACAAUCUUUUAGCCUUUGCAUGGGACGUAUAUUCAUUUGCUAUAUAAUUGUGUGACCUUUAUAAACGCAGCUUGCCGUUUGUUGACAAUAAUAUCUCAGUUUAUCCAGAGUUCUAAAUGACAGACAAACAAAAGAUCAAUCAACGAAACAAUUCGCGGAGUUUUGGUAGUUUUUAGCCCAUGUUCGGAAUAAGAUUAUUGAGUAACAAAUGAAUGUGCGAUUGCCAUUGAGCAUGUCUUUGUGUUUCUUUCGAUCUCGCUGUGCAAUUCGCAUCGUACGUUCAGUAUUAUUUCGGACAGACUCAAAUUUAUAAACAGUAUUACUAAUUCAAUAUAUUAUCAAGCCCUUGUUUGCAUCAUUGUAGGUUUCAUCAGCUACAUAGCCAACGCUGAGGAUGCUUUUCAUACCUCUAGUGCCAUUUUGGAACAAAGUAGUGUAUCGUUUUGCGCUCAUGUCCAUACCCGUUCACGUUGAAAUUGUUUAUAAGGUUAAUACAAUUUAGGAAUAUUCUUCAAUAUAUCAUCUAGCUGCAGUGUUAAUACAUGACUUACAUCUCUGUUUGUGUACACAACUGGUUAAGCACACAGUGUCUCGCUUAUUCUCGUUGUGUUCUUUGACCGCUGUUGUCAAGACAGAGGUGUUUGUUGCUUGAAGGCGGCAGGCGUGGACGACAUCCCAUGAUAUUGUGGCAUCUAGCACUACAUUUAAGCUAAGUAAGUGGCCUUUGCUACGCGCAAUGACUUUUCAGUUCGUGUGGUGAUAUAUCGCCCGUAUUUUGUGAUCGUGAGAGAAUAUGCGCGAAUCACUUCACUGUACAUAAGUAAACAUAUAAAUAUAUAUAUAUAUAUAUAUAUAGAGAGAGAGAGAGAGAGAGAGAGAGAGAGAAAGAGAGAGAGAUACACAGUAUAUAUGGCACCGCCGGCAUCAUCCACUUACAGCUUCCAUUACUUCCGUUAUAGCUUGACUUCCGGUGUAGUGCAACUUAACGCAUAUUUGCGACAGAAGCGCUUCUUUCUAUAGCAAGCAUACUCGGAAGUAGGAGAGGAAUGUAAUAAUUAAUACUAAUAAAGCUACAUUUCCAAGUAAUGUAAAUUAAGCCAUCAAGUAUAUUAUCUGCCUGGCAAGCCAUGCAAAUGAACAUAUCACCGAAACAAUAUCAUUUUAUCAUUGUGGAUCUAUAAAACGCGUGCGCGCACUCGCCA